AUGUCGGACUCAAUAGAUCGUGUGUUUGUCCACGCCCUCAACACCGUUAAAAAAAUCCCCAAAACUGGCGCGACCCGUCCCCCGCCCGCCGACCGCAUGCGCCUGUACGGACUCUACAAGCAAGCCAUGGAAGGCGACGUAGACGGCGUGAUGGAACGCCCGACCGCCGCGUCCGCCCUGGCGCAGGGUACCAGUGAAGAAGACCUUAUUCGUGAGCAGGAUAAAUGGGACGCGUGGAACUCGCAGAAGGGACUGAGUCGAACCGAGGCGAAGAGACGAUACGUCGAGGCGCUGAUCGAGACGAUGCAUAAGUAUGCUAAUACCCCGAAUGCGCUGGAGUUAGUGGCCGAGCUGGAGUUUGUAUGGAAUCAGGUGAAGAGUAAUAACCCCAGCGCAGCAGGGGGGUCUUCUACCUCGGGAGGAGAUGGGUCUGGCGCGGGAGGUGGUGCUGCCGGAGGCCUGGAGCUGCAGGGAGGCGGGCCGGCGCAGCCAAGGCCGAGCCAGCCGGGACUGAUAACGACUCCUGUGCGGCGGUUUCAGGCGCCGUUGAGCGGGACAGAUGGGCCGAUGCGCGUGUUGAGUCCUAUGAGCGAAGAGGACGAGUCGGAGAGGAGGCUGGCGGAGUUGCUGGAAGAGGAGAAUAAUGCUGCAGAUGAGGGGGCCCUGGUUCCGGGUGAUGACUAUCAGCGGCGGAGUGAUAAGCGCAUGAAGCGCAUGGAACGCGCCAUUGUGCGGUUGUCGGCCGAGAUUGCUGCGCUGCGGGAGCAGAUCGCCUCGGGCCGGGAGUGGCGCACGCGUAAGGAAAGGGGCGUCGUGGCCUGGUUGGGGUGGGUGUUUUGGAAGGUGACGAAGCAUGUGACGAUCGAUUUGUUUAUUCUGGUGUUUGUGCUGAUAUGGAUGCGGAAGAGGAGGGAUAGGAGGUUGGAGGACCAUGUCAGGGGGAUUUUUAGGGUCGCGAGGGAAUAUGUCAGAAAGAUCCUGCCUUCGCGGUGA